AUGGUAUCAAAGUCCAAUCAACUAUUUCGGUCCAUGAAACAAUGUGUAUUCCUGUCAACCUUGUUGGCAACAUCGCUUAUGAUCGUUAAUGCUGAUUAUUGGAACCGUUCAAUUUUUAACGGAACAGAAACCGUAGAUAAACAGCAUGUAGUUUUAGCAUGUGGUCUGGUGGAAUGUGGCCUAAGAUGUAGCAAUCAACAUGGUUGUGAUCAUUUUUUCUAUAGCAAGGAAGGUGAUUGCUAUUUGAUAUCACCAAGAUUUCUAGAUAUUGGUUCUACACUGUUAACUGGUAUAUCGAAGUAUGAAUAUAUUCCUACAGGAUGUCCAUUGAUAUUUAAGUAUUUGAAUGAUAUUUGUUUCUAUGUGGUUGAUGAUCCAGCUGACAAAUUACAGUCAGACAAAUCGAAUAUAUUUUGUAAGAUAUACGAUGCACAAUUAAUGGUAAUUGACAGUCAAACGAAGCAUGAUACUAUUGUUGACUAUAUGGAUCCUGGUAAUACCUAUUUGUUUGGAAUUUACAAUAUAUUACCAAAUCGUUCAUUUGAUACGACGGACAACAGAAAGAGUGAAGAUAUACAAUACAGUAACUGGAAAGAUGGAGAACCAGCUGGGCCAUUUGAUAAACCUAAUUAUGGUAUAAUAAGAACUACCGCUGGUGGUACAAAUUUUACAUGGAAAAGUGGUCAGAAAAAAAUCCGUUACUUCAUCUGUGAAAAAUAUUAA